UUCACAUGAUAGAAUGAGGAGGAUGAUCCUAUCAACGACACGAGGCAGUCUUAGAUUUCCUAACGAAUAAUUAAUCAAUAAUACUCUAAAUCUCGAGAUCUUCUCUCUUGUUCUCCGCUUCCUCCAAUGCACAUAUAGAGGGAGAGGCAAUAACGAAUUGCAGUAGCUGUAACAAUGGCCUCCUCUUCUUGUUUUAGAGUAGAAAACGUCUUCUCUCACACUAUUUCCAAGUUUAAGCAUUCAAAUGUUAACGGAAAUGGAAAUGCGACCAUCAUUUCUCCUCCAAUCUCAUCAUUCUCUUUGCUUUCAUCUUCUCAUACAUUCUCUCCGAAAUUUCCUCUUUUGAAAACCUCACUUUCUCACUCUCUCUCCAUCAAAGCAUCCUCUUCCACUGCCAUCGCCGAACCUGAAGGCAUCAAGAUUAAUUCAGUGGCAACGAAGCCGAUCGAGGGGCAGAAGACGGGGACUAGUGGGCUUCGAAAGAAGGUUAAAGUAUUCAUGCAAGAAAAUUACCUUGCGAACUGGAUCCAGGCAUUGUUUAAUUCAUUACCUCCAGAGGAUUACAAGAAUGGGUUGUUGGUCUUAGGAGGGGAUGGUCGUUACUUCAACAAAGAAGCUUCACAGAUAAUCAUAAAAAUUGCAGCAGGGAAUGGUGUUGGUAAAAUCCUGGUUGGCAAGGAAGGUAUUAUGUCUACACCAGCUGUUUCUGCUGUGAUUCGAAAGAGGAAGGCCAAUGGUGGAUUUAUAAUGAGCGCAAGCCAUAAUCCUGGAGGCCCCGAAUAUGAUUGGGGUAUCAAGUUUAAUUACAACAGCGGGCAACCUGCACCUGAGUCCAUCACUGACAAGAUUUAUGGAAAUACACUUUCUUUGAGCUCCAUGUUUUGGACUGCACCUAAAUUCCAUCAGCCGCCUGGCUUCCAUGUGUUGAGCCUUUUAAUCUCGGUGUCAUUCUUGCAGAUAUCUGAGAUUAAAGUAGCAGAUAUUCCUGAUGUUGACCUCUCUCGUCUCGGAGUCACAAAAUAUGGGAACUUCAUUGUUGAAGUAGUGGACCCAGUUUCUGACUACUUGGAGCUAAUGGAGCAUGUAUUUGAUUUUGAGCUCAUCAGAAGUCUUCUUUUACGGCCAGAUUUCAGUUUUAUCUUUGAUGCCAUGCAUGCUGUCACUGGUGCUUAUGCAAAGCCCAUCUUUGUCGACAAGCUGGGAGCCAGUCCAGAUUCAAUUUCAAAUGGAGUGCCUUUGGAGGAUUUUGGGCAUGGUCAUCCGGAUCCUAAUCUAACAUAUGCCAAGGAUUUGGUGAAAAUUUUGUACAGUGAGAAUGGGCCUGAUUUUGGAGCUGCAAGUGAUGGAGAUGGUGACAGAAACAUGAUCCUAGGUAGAGGAUUUUUUGUCACUCCUUCAGAUUCUGUUGCAAUCAUUGCUGCCAAUUCACAAGGAGCCAUCCCGUACUUCAAGAGUGGUCCUAAGGGUUUAGCGCGGUCCAUGCCAACAAGUGGUGCACUGGAUCGUGUGGCUGAAAAAUUGAAUCUUCCUUUUUUUGAGGUCCCCACUGGUUGGAAAUUUUUUGGAAAUCUUAUGGAUGCUGAGAAGUUGUCAAUUUGUGGGGAAGAGAGUUUUGGAACUGGUUCUGAUCACAUUCGUGAGAAGGAUGGCAUAUGGGCUGUGCUGGCUUGGCUUUCAAUUAUUGCAUACAGAAACAAGGACAAGAAACCAGGGGACAAGUUAGUAUCUGUUGCUGAUGUUGUGAAAGAGCACUGGGCAAAAUUUGGAAGAAAUUUCUUUUCUAGAUAUGAUUAUGAAGAGUGUGAGUCUGAAGGAGCAAAUAAAAUGAUAGAAUGUCUGAGAGAUUUGGUCUCUAAAAGCAAACCAGGAGAUAAAUAUGGUAGUUAUGCCCUUCAGUAUGCCGAUGACUUCAAGUACACUGAUCCUGUGGAUGGAAGUGUGGUAACAAAGCAAGGGGUUCGAUUUGUUUUCACUGAUGGAUCAAGGAUAAUAUUUCGGUUAUCUGGAACUGGAUCUGCUGGUGCAACGGUUAGAAUGUACAUCGAACAGUUUGAACCAGAUGCCUCUAAACAUGAUAUGGAUGCCCAGACAGCCUUGAAACCACUGAUAGAUCUGGCAUUGUCUGUAUCAAAGUUAAAGGACUUCACCGGUAGGGAGAAGCCAACAGUUAUCACAUAAAGCAUCCUUGAAGCCUUAGUAUAAUGAAUCAAGUGACGUCUUGGAAAUUCGUCUUUUUCUGGCUUAAUUGUCGAUACGCUUUUCUUUCCCUUCAAUUUUGGUCGUUCUGUAGCAAUAUGGUAUUAUGAUUUUUAGUGAUGUAAAAACACUUGAGAGGAAAUAAAAAUGUCACUUGAUUCCAGCCUUUUAA